AUGCCCACAGAAAGCGGGAGUUGCUCCACUGCUCGCCAAGCAAAACAGAAACGCAAAUCUCAUAGCCUUUCUAUACGAAGAACGAACAGCUCGGAGCAGGAGAGGACGGGUCUGCCAAGAGAAAUGUUAGAAGGACAAGAUUCUAAGCUGCCUUCCUCGGUUCGCAGUACACUUUUGGAGCUGUUUGGUCAAAUAGAGAGAGAGUUUGAAAACCUUUACAUUGAGAACUUAGAAUUGCGUAGGGAGAUUGAGACUCUUAAUGAACGUUUAGCUGCUGAAGGACAAGCGAUCGAUGGGGCGGAACUGAGUAAGGGCCAGCUCAAAACAAAAGCCAGCCACAGCACCAGCCAGCUUUCUCAGAAGCUGAAGACCACUUACAAGGCCUCCACCAGCAAGAUCGUCUCCAGCUUCAAGACCACCACGUCGAGGGCCGUGUGCCAGCUCGUGAAGGAGUACAUUGGCCACAGGGAUGGCAUCUGGGACGUCAGCGUGGCGAGGACACAGCCCGUGGUGCUGGGCACCGCGUCUGCCGAUCACACGGCCCUGCUGUGGAGCAUAGAGACAGGGCGGUGCCUCGUCAAGUACUCAGGCCACGUGGGGUCAGUAAAUUCUAUCAAGUUUCAUCCAUCAGAGCAGUUGGCUCUUACUGCUUCUGGAGAUCAGACCGCCCACAUUUGGAGAUACGCCGUCCAGCUGCCAACGCCCCAGCCUGUUGCUGACACCACUAUAUGUGGCGAAGAUGAAGUGGAGUGCUCCGAUAAAGACGAGCCUGAUGUUGACGCGGAUGUGUCCAGUGACUGUCCUACCAUCCGGGUGCCGCUGACAUCUCUUAAGAGCCACCAGGGAGUGGUCAUAGCCGCUGACUGGCUGGUUGGGGGGAAGCAGGCAGUGACGGCCUCCUGGGACAGAACGGCGAAUCUGUUUGACGUGGAGACGGCGGAACUCGUUCACUCUCUGACAGGGCAUGACCAGGAGCUAACGCACUGUUGCACACACCCCACCCAGCGGCUUGUGGUGACCUCCUCCCGGGACACGACUUUCCGUCUUUGGGAUUUCAGGGACCCUUCCAUCCACUCCGUGAAUGUCUUCCAGGGCCAUACGGACACCGUGACCUCGGCCGUGUUCACCGUGGGAGAUAAUGUUGUUUCGGGCAGCGAUGACCGCACCGUGAAGGUCUGGGAUUUAAGGAAUAUGAGAUCCCCCAUUGCGACUAUUCGCACAGACUCUGCCAUCAACAGGAUCAAUGUAUGCGUCGGCCAGAAGAUAAUCGCCCUCCCACACGACAACCGACAAGUGAGGCUGUUCGACAUGUCGGGCGUGCGGCUGGCGCGGCUCCCCCGUAGCAGCCGGCAGGGCCACAGAAGAAUGGUGUGCUGCUCGGCGUGGAGCGAGGACCACCCCAUGUGCAAUCUGUUCACCUGCGGGUUUGACAGGCAAGCCAUUGGCUGGAACAUCAACAUCCCUGCGUUGUUACAAGAGAAAUGA